GAUUUCUCUUUAUUCAGUCAUUGAAAGAGAAAUUUUAAUAUAUUUUCUGAAACUCUUCAGAGACUUUAGGUGUGAGCCCACAACGAACACAACUCCCUUUGUGCCCAUAAUAUUUUGUCUUUUUCCCAAAUUUACUCUCUUCUAUUCUAAGUUUCUAACUAUAUAUACAUCUCUUUAGGGAAACAGUACAAAUAUUAAAAAGAAAAAUAAAAUGAAGAUUCAAUGUGAUGUUUGUGAUAAAGAAGAGGCAUCAGUUUAUUGUUCAGCAGAUGAAGCCACACUUUGCCAAAGCUGUGAUUAUCAAGUGCAUCAUGCCAACAAGCUUGCAAGCAAACAUCUUCGUUUUUCUCUAAUUCAUCCUUCGUUCAAAGAUUCUCCUCUUUGUGACAUUUGCCAGGAAAGACGUGCAUUGCUAUUUUGUAAAGAAGAUAGAGCAAUACUUUGCAAAGAAUGUGACUUGCCUAUACACAAAGCAAAUGAACACACAAAGAAACACAACAGAUUUCUUCUAAGUGGAGUGCAGCUAUCUUCUGAUAUACUUGCUUCUAAUUAUAAUAAUAACCAAAAUUCAAUAUCCCCAGCUGGAUCUGCUGCAAGUAAUGCUGGUACAAAUAAUUUUAAAGCACUUAGUGGAAAUUUUGGGAUGAAGAGUAAUUCGAUUUCGAGUACUACAGAAUCGACACAUAACUAUUUUCAUGUUGAUUAUGUACAAGAGGGUUCUGUUUCAACUAGUAGCAUAUCAGAAUAUUUGACUGAGACUCUUCCUGGUUGGCAUGUUGAAGAUUUUCUUGAAUAUCCCUCUUCUUCUUCCUAUGGUAACUGUUUCUUUUUUACGGAUUUAAAAAUGUCAUUAACUCGAAAUAUGGGCAUUUUUGGAUCAAAUUAUUGACAAAAAGGAGCAUUUUAGACCAAUAUUAUUAACUGAUGACAUAUUUGACCAUUUUUGAAUAUAAUAAAAUUUUCAGAACUUGCAACUAAAUGAUGCUGUUUGAUUGCAGAAUUUUGAUCAGGUACGACCAGAUGUGUAGUUUUUUCCCCCACUAAAGUGGGGAUACCUCAUAAUAUCAAAUGGAGUACCUGUUCCACAGAUCAACUCUCCAUCAACCUAGCAACUUAUAGGACAGACUUGGUAAUAAGGGCAUAAUAUCUUUUAAGAUAUUAAGAAAAGAGUUAUAUAAACUGCCAUCUGACCUUUUCUUUUGGUUACUAACUUUGACCAGUUACUUUGUUUUUGGACAUGUAACACAUGUUGUAAGUUAAAGCCCCACUGUUCUUUUUUUUUUUUGGUUAUUUGUUUUUUGCAAGUCAAAUCACUUCGACUUGUUGCAGUAUGUUAACCUGAAUGGGAAUGGGUAUUACUAGAUGUGGGUACUUUUGUUUUUUUGCUUUGUGGGAGGCCAAUCUUUUUGUAAUGCUAGUGGGAAAGCCUUGUGCCUAUUACCCACUUUGAUUAUUGAAUAUGGUAUUCCUAUUUGUUCAA